AUGAAGCCAAUUACAUAUUUGUGUUUUACUUUAUUAUCUAUAGUGAUUCAAUUCUGUUUAAUGGACUUCAUUUAUGAAAGAAAUCAAACUGAUGAUUCAUUUAUUGACCAUAAAAGAACUAUUGCUGAAAAUCUGAGUUAUAUAUUAAAAAAUAUAAAAGAAAAGCCACAUGCACUUUACUAUAGGAAAGGACUGCUUGAAUUGGAAAAUAGAAACAAUAAAACACAAUAUAAAAAGUACAAUAAUUUAUCUUUGUCUAUGUCUACAUUUCAAACAUCAACUGAUCUAGCAAGUACGGUAUUUGAUUUGAUUUAUGAUGAGAAUGUAUCUAUGACUGACAGUACUUUAACAACAGAAACAUAUUACAAUGAAUCAGAUUUUGAUAAUGUGACCGAGAUUACUAUUUUGAAUAAAAAUACGAUACCUAAAUCCACUGAUAUACCUAAAAAAACUGUCAGUAAAAAUAAUUGUGAAUGCAAUAUGUUGAAUGGAUUUUUUGCAGCAUUACCAAUAACAGUCACUAAUAGUUACUGUAGUGGCGAAAAGCCAAUAAAGUUUUUAACAAAUGAGCACAUAAAAUGUUAUGUAAAAAUCAAUGAUCUGCAUUCUUUCUAUGCUUCAGAAUUUUCUACCCACUCUAAGGUUAUAAGUCCAAAAGAGAAUACAACAAAUAGUACAAUACUGAACUGUACUAUAUUGCACUGCAUUAAUUGGACUGUCCUUGUUUGCAAUGACUACAACUGCAUUAAAUAUAACAAAAGUCUGCAUGAACCUUCAUGCUCAAAAAGUCAUUGUCAUAAUAUAGGAGUAAAAGUAGAGUACAUAUUUUAUUGUAAUGAAUCUAUUAUUGUAAAAGCAAUAAUAAAAAUUUAUGUAAAGCAAGUUUCAGCACACAUAAGAUUUGUUUCACAAGAAGUUAUAGUUACUUUUUACAUGGGAAAUAAUUCUAUUGAAGGCAUUGUUACAUAUAGUGGGAAUCCAGGUUAUAUAAGAAAGUUACCAGUAAUAGCAUCUUAUUUUGAAGGUAACCAUACAUAUUUUUUUUAUAAUAUGUCUCUAGUAAACCAAAAUUAUUUAAUACUUCCUCAAAAUCUAAAUGGCCAAUGUGUGAUUACAAAUAUAACGCAUAACAUCUUAAAGUUUGGCAUCAAUACAAGAACAAUAUGUCGACUAACAUUUCGUAAAAUUGAUGUGAUACACAAUAAAAGUGAUGAAUGUUUAAAAAUUCAAAUGGAAAUCAUCGAAUUACUACGGUUAAAUAAAGAUAUAUAUAUUUCACCAUACGGGAACCCAAGCGAUAUCAGCGAUAACAAAUGGAUUAAACUCCAAAGAUUUAAUAAAACAAAUCUUUAUGGUGAAUAUAACUUCAAAUCAACCAAGCUGAAAUGUUAUAACUUCAUAACUCGAUUUGCUUAUAUAUUUACAUACACUGACAUAAACAGCGUUGGUAAAGAUGAAAAUAAAAUUUUAAGUGCAUCAGUUGAAGGAAUGGCGAAAAAUAUUACGUUUAACAUCAACGAUCUGUCGGCGGUCAUAACAGUGGAUGCUAGUUUCCUCGACGUAAGUUCGCCGGAUACGCGCGGUUAUGUUGCAGAUUUAUUGAAUACGCAUUUAACCAAGAAUUUAUUUUUUCCUUUCAGUAGUGAUAGUUGCAAGUGUAGUCUUUAUUAUUUACUUUUAAUUUUAUGUACAAUUAUGAUUUUAAGCAAAUAAAAUACCUUUGUCAUAA